AUGCAGGCCACCUGUGCCAAUCUUAGUCGACUGGCAGUGUUGCUGAAAGACUGGAGCCACACUUCGUUUGGCUCUGUGCGGCGUGAGAUCAAGCGCCUUGAGACUGCACUCCGGCGUCUUCGCAGCUCACCUAUUUCUGAUGCAGUGAUCGCAGAAGAGAAGGUGGUGGAGCGGCUGCUCUGCGAACUGUUUGAGCGUGAGGAAAUCAUGGUGCGUCAAAGAUCACGAGUUGAUUGGCUCCGCGAGGGAGACCGUAACACUGCUUUUUUCCAUGCUAAGGCUACGGCGAGGAAAAAAGCGAACCGCAUUGCUAGUUUGCAACAUGAGAAUGGAACUUUGUGUUCUGACCAGGAAGAAAUUAAGGGGAUGGUGCAUGGCUUCUAUGAAGACUUGUUCACUGCUGAACCUCUUGCUUCUAUGGAUAUUGUUCUAGAGGCUGUCCCGGAGAAGGUGAAGGACUAUAUGAACGAGGAUCUUUGCAAGCCUUAUUCUGACGAGGAGAUCAAGGCGGCUCUGUUCCAGAUGGGCCCUACCAAGGCGCCUGGUCCGGAUGGCUUCCCAGCCAUGUUCUACCAAGUACAUUGGGACCUAGUCAGGGAAGAUGUUUGUAAUGCGGUCAGAAGUUUCUUGGGUGGUGACGAGAUUCCUGAGGGCUUUUGUGACUCAGUUAUUGUCCUGAUCCCUAAGAGUGCUUUCGUGCCUGGGAGACUGUUAACUGACAGUGCAAUUGUGGCAUAUGAGUGCUUGCAGACUGUUCGGCGGCAGAACAACAAGAGCACUUUCUUUGCUUUGAAGAUCGACAUGAUGAAGGCCUAUGACCCUGUUGAAUGGGAGUACCUUCAUGGAUGCUUGAGUAAGCUGGGAUUUGCUGCUGGGUGGAUUGACACCGUCAUGAGAUGUGUCACUUCGGCCAGGUAUGCUGUUAAGGUGAAUGAUGAUAGCAUCUUCUUUGCUAGGAGUGAUCCCCGGAGUGUUCAGGCUCUUAAAAUAGCUUUGAAUACCUACUGUGAAGCUUCUGGUCAAAAAGUUAACUUACAGAAAUCUUCCCUGUUUUUUGGUAACAAAUGCCCUGACAGUGUCAAAGCUCGGGUGAAGGAUGUGCUCGGGGUUUCAAGUGAGAUUCUUCAUGACACCUAUUUGGGAAUGCCAACUGAGAUUGCACGUGCGUCUACGGCCUCCUUCAAUUCUCUUGUGGAGAAAGUUUGGCGAUGUGUUACAAGUGUUUCGGGUAGGCCUCUGUCUCGGGCAGGGAAAGGUGUGUGGCUGAAGUCGGUGGCCCAGUCGAUACAAAACCAUGUCAUGAGCUGUUUUCAAGUCCCGGUUACAUCAUGUGAGAAGAUGCGGGCUAGUAUCGCAAAUCACUGGUGGGGCUUUGAUGAAGGCCGAAAGAAGAUGCACUGGAAGUCGUGGAACUGGCUGACCGCCCCAAAGUCCCUUGGAGGUUUGGGCUUCCGCGACUUUGUGAUGUUCAAUCAGGCUAUGUUGGCGAAGCAGGGGUGGCGGCUGAUCACUGAACCUUCGUCGCUGUGCGCUCGUGUGCUGAAAGGGCGUUACUUCCCAAAUUCAGACUUCUUAUCUGCUGUCAAACCGAGGUCGUCCUCCUUCACGUGGAGGUCCAUUCUCUAUGGGCGUGAGCUCUUGCUGCGUGGGCUGAGGUGGGGAAUCGGUAAUGGUGAGCGAGUCAGUAUUAUGAAGGACUCGUGGAUCCCUGAUCACCAAGCUGGCAUGUUUAACUCUUUGUCUCCUAUCCCAGCCACUGCCAAGGUCCGGUUCCUGAUGAAUGACAGGGGUACUGCUUGGGAGGAGGAUUCGGUGCGUGCCUUCUUCCAUGAGGAGCUUGCAGACAAGAUCUUGGGGGUUCCCAUUAGCAGACUUGGAGGGGAGGAGUUCCUGGCCCUUUGA